CAUGCGCAGUAGGACGCCACUGGCUUUUGAGUUGAAAUUAUGGCCGACGCGAUGCAGACAGACGAUUUUCCUUAUUUACCUUCGGGGCCGGCGGAAGUAAAUAAGAUGAUAAAGGAGCAUGGCGACCUGUUUUCUGACUCCCAGUGUAAAGUCUGCAGUGCUGUUCUCAUUUCAGAGUCUCAGAAGUUGACUCAUUAUCAGAGCAAGAAACACGGCAACAAAGUGCGCCGUUAUCUUUCCAUCCAGAACGAGAAGGAGCCGGAGCUCAAGAAGUUCAAGUCGUCAUCGUCCGACAGUGACUGUAACAACGGAGAUACCGACCGGUCGAAGGUGUGUAAUGUUUGUAACAUGACCUUCUCCUCUAUUGUGAUGGCCGAGUCUCACUACCAGGGAAAAGUUCACGCCAAGAACCUGCGGAUGAAAAACGUCGGCUCCCAGGCCCCAGCAGUAGCCUCCCAAAUGACACAGAUGGUCCUGCCGAAGAAGAAACCUGCAGACGAUUCCAGCGGCGCGACGGGCGGCGACAGCAACAGCGACCCGGACCGCUUCUGCUCCAUCUGCCAGGCCUCCUUCAACAACCCGCUCAUGGCCCAGCAGCACUACGUGGGCAAGAAGCACAGGAAACAGAUGACCAAGCAGAAACUGAUGGAGACAUACGGCCCCUCCACUGCACCAGCUUCCACACUAAAGGGCUACCCAUGCACCGUCUGCAGCAUCGAACUGAACUCUGUGGAGCAGUACCAGUCUCAUAUUAGUGGCGCCAAACAUAAGAACCAAGUGAAGAAGUCCGGCCUGAACACUGCAGAGAACCAAGACGCAGCAGAACUGCCGUACGAGGGCGAGUGCGAGGGCGACAUCGAGUGCGAGGGCGACAUCGAGUGCGAGGGCGACGGCGACGUCGAGGGCGACAUCGACGUCGACGUCCAGUACGCUGCCGAAAAUAACGAGUACACUCCAGAGGACACGGAGUACUCAGAGGAGAACCAGUUUACUUGAGGCUGGGAUGGAAGAGACUGCAGAGGAUUCAGUCAGGACUUGGAAUGACACAAAAACAACCAGCCCCCUUUAACACACUAACAUCAACCUCCUGCCAGAGUCUCUUCUCAGAGUCACCUGGGCCCUCAAAUACCCCAACAUGGUGUUUUAUCAUUUUGAGUUCUUAACUGAAACGCUUCAAGUCUUCUCCUCUAAAAAAGGACCCAAACACACUGAACGCGUCCAUUGAUGCUCCUGUGACGUAUUGCAGAUUUGAAAUGUCAACUGCACAGAACCAGCAGUAUUUUAAGAAAUGGUUGCUAUUUAGACAUUUCUGUACAUAACAGAUACCCUUUAACACCUUUAUCUUUUAACAUAUUGAUACAUGAAUGGGGAAAAAUUCUUGGGGAAAAUCCUUUUCUUCCUUUUAGCUCUCCAAGCAGGCGUUCCAGCUGCAGAACAAAAACAGAUGUUUCCUCAUGCGAUGCUCCAAAAUCUAAACAAAACGCGUGAGUCGGAUGCUUUCAGUGUGUUUGGGCCGCGAUGAAACGAGCCUCUGAUGUGGAUUUGAUAUUUGGUAUCUCCGGUACUUGUCUUUACCUAAAUGUUGAUUAGAUAAGUAUAAGACUUAUUAAUGUUACUGUUCACAAGCUACUUCAGCCGAAUACUCAAGGCCCCGAUUAAUAGCAUCAUAAA